AUGAAGCUCCAUCUGAUCCUCUCAUUUGUCCUGCUGGGGACAGUCUCCUCCUUUCAUUUGAAGAAUGAGGCUCUCAAGAUAGAGACACCAGAGGAAGAAGAGUCACAGAAUCAAGAACAAGAGACGUCAGAAGAAGAGGAGAUCCUGACUUCUGGGGAAGGUGACUCCUGGGAGGAGAAGGAGAAAGCCACAGAGUUAGUUCCAGUCCCAGCUAUCAAGGAAGAUAUUAAUGUGUGCCCCAAGGAAGAGGAUGUCAUUCAUUUAACAGGCAGCCCAGAGUGUCAGACGUGUCGAUAUCUGUUCAUCAGACAAGCAAAAACAUUUCAACAAGCACAGUUCAUUUGCCAGAGUUGCUAUCGAGGUAAACUGGUAUCAAUUCAUAACUUUCAAUUCAACCUUCUACUCCAGACAUCAGCUUGUGGAGUCAAUCAGGGUCAGGUCUGGAUUGGAGCCAGUGUCUCUGGUUGGGAUCCCUGUUUGAGAUUCACCUGGUUGGAUGGGAGCAGAUGGGAUUUUACUUACUGGGCACCAGGCCAUCCUGGAAAUAAUUGUGGCAACUGUGUGGCUUUGUGCACAAGAAGUGGUUAUUGGAGAAGGGCUCCAUGUGUCCGUCAUCUACCCUUUUUCUGCUCUUACUGAACCAGGCCAAUCCAUAGACUUUCCAACGGCUGUCAGAAAGACUCCUCUGCAAUGUCUUCUGUUAGUCCCAUCCCUUCCCUUUCCUGGGAUUCCAGGUCUCCUUCAUUUGCAAUAAACUAGAG